UUCUUACCAAAAGAAUAAGACGAAAACAAUGCUUGGAGCUCCCGCAAUCAACACUCGCAUUACAGCACUUCUCAAGUGCAGGUACCCGCUGGUGCUUCCAGGAAUGAGCUGGAUCUCGACGCCGGAAUUGGUGGCGGCGGUAUCGAACGCGGGUGGCGUGGGUAUUCUGGCGACGGGUCCUUUGAACGCCACGCAGACGCGGGAGUCCAUACGACGAGUGAGAUCACUCACGGAUAAACCCUUUGGUAUUGGCGCCACGUUGCUCAUGCCAGGCGCUCGGGAAAAUGCUGUUGUGGCCUUGGAAGAGGAAGUUCCGUUGAUUAAUGUCAGUCUCGGGAAGGCCGAGUGGAUAGCGGAAGGUCUACAAGCGUAUGGUGGUACGUUGUUGUCGACAGUCACGAACGCGAAACACGCCGAGGCUGCCAUUCAAGCCGGCGCGGAUGCGUUGAUGGUCACCGGUCACGAAGCUGCGGCACACGGAGGUGACGUGACUUCGCUAGUCCUCGUGCCUUCGCUAGCGGCCCAUUUCCCGGAAACUCCAAUCGUGGCGGCGGGUGGCUUUGCCAACGGACGGGGUUUAGCUGGUGCCCUGGUGCUGGGAGCGGAUGCCAUCGCCAUGGGCUCCAGAUUUGCUGUCACCAAGGACAGUCCUCUGGCGCAAGCUACGAAAGAAGCCAUUGUCGAUGCAGGAGAGUCCGAAACAAUAUACGGCAAAAACUUUGAUGGCAUUCCGGCGCGUGUUUUAAGGACUACAGCUUCCCAAAAGGUCAUGGCUAGGCGGCCGUUUCUAGCCACUAUUGUGUUUCGAGCGUUCCAGGCCGCGCAGAAGCUUGGCAUGCCGAUCUGGAAAGUACUUCCCGGGCUGCUUACGCAAUGGGACAAAAUGUUCAUUGUGGCACAGUUUGGAGCAGCGACGGAAGCAAUUACCAAGGCGACCGUAGAUGGCAACGUAGCGGAAGGCGUGCAAUUUAUCGGACAAAGCGCAGGAAUGAUCAACGAUAUCCCAUCCGUUGACGACCUCGUGCAACGGAUCAUGGAAGAAGCACGACACGUGUCGACGGAGAAAGCGUGUCUUUUUGAAGAGCUUGACUUUGUCAGUAAUAGAGUCGCAUAAAGAUAGCUCUUGAGAAUAAAUAAGGAUCGAUCGUUUGUCAAAAAACCCUAUGGUCUUCCUUUCCAAGGCGUUUCUCGAAUUGUCAGAGAUACACGGCGGUCGGAAAGUAAAUCGUUAUUUGCGAUACCGUGCGAAAAAUCGUAGCGGGCCUUGCCGGUCAGUACCUGUAGCGUUCUUGGUCUCAGUAAGACACGACGUUCCUCAACGGCAAGAUUUCGUUCACGGUUUUGAUUACGAAACGUCAUGUAGCAGCUUCCGGCCAAAGAGAGAUUCGCGAUUGGUUCUUUGUGUUUUUUCCGAUCAUCAACAUGGCUCGUUAACGCAUUCC